AUGGCCGGACUACGCCAACUUAAGACACAGCUUGUACACCCCUGUCGUGUACUCGGACGAGGCGCCGUGGCACACUUGACCCUUCUUGUCGGUGUAGUUGUAUUGGUUAUGCUACUAUUCCGUCAGUCAAAUGAUUCUUUUGCAGAUAAACAAGAUAAAACAACUCCUAAACCUAAAACCACCACGACAUUAAAGCAAAGGGUGAUGUUACCAGGUGGCGUGAAAGAUGAAUCAGAGUUGUUCAAAGAGGACUAUGAAUAUAUGUAUGGGAUACCGAAUUAUGCACUGGUCAUUGAGAAGGUCAAGAAAGUGGCAUACAAGCCCAUCAAGGUCUCCACAAAGGAAGAAUCUGUUAAAAUGCGGCCCUUGAAGAGACUUGCCUGGCUGAAUAGUCCACCGUGGAUGGCGAAAAAAGAGAACAUUGAUUUCUCGGCGUGUGCUGUCAGUGACUGUGUUAUGUCGCUCAAUAGCAGUGACGUCCCAGCGGCUGACGUUGUCUUGGUUCAUGCAGACUUACUGAAAGACUGGAUGGUGCCAAAUAACAACCCAGACCAGAUCUGGGUGUUCCACACAGCCGAGACAAUUUACCAGUUCUACAAUCCCCGAGCCAUCCAACGGGCGGACUGGAUUGGAAGAUUCAACUGGACAUUAUCCUUCCGACUUGAUUCUGACUUCAUCUCUACGUACUCCAGACUCACCCUGAAGGACGACUUCGUCGACACCGCUAACUACACCGACAUCGUCCUCAGGAAGACCAGGUCUGUGCUGUGGUUCGUCAGUCACUGUAAGACUCAGAGUAAACGGGGGGAAUACGUUAAGGAACUGAGGAAGUACAUAGAUGUGGAUAUAUACGGUAAAUGUGGCAAUUUGACGUGUGCCAAAGGACAACGGUGUGAUGGGGUGUGGAGUAAUUACUGGUUCUAUUUGUCUUUUGAAAACUCACUGUGCAAGGAUUACGUAACCGAAAAGUUUUUUAACCCAUUUAAAAGAAGAAUCGUUCCAGUAGUUAGGGGGGGAUCAGACUACCGUACCCUGUUCCCCCCAGACUUGUACAUCAACACAGCAGAUUUCCCCAGUCCCAGAGCUCUGGCAGAACAUCUCAAGGCUCUGCAGCAAGACCUACCUGGCUAUACUAAGAUCCUCAGGAACAUGGCUAAGUACAAGCCUGGCGGGAACUUUCUGAAAGGUAUUCCAUUUAUAUGUGACAUGUGUGCUAAGUUACAUCAGCCUCUGGUGAGAAAAACAUACAAGAAUAUAUACAAAUGGUGGACUGAGGGGAUUUGUUUUGAUGCCAAGGACUACUAGAGCCGACUUCCGACACUCUCGCAUUUAUUAAACUAAGGAAAUGCUGACUUAGCGUUAGUCUUCCAUGAACGAAUAGUACCAUGAAUUGAUUGUUAGUCAAUCUGGAGGAGAGUCUUGUGUGUCACGUCAAUAACGUGGAUGAAU